AUGAGUGCGAUACCUUCAUCGCCUUCACAUACUCUAGAAGCUCAUGUGCAAAUGCAGGAUGAAGCAGAGGGUGGAAAGUCUUUGAAGACACCUGACUCAAGUUCAUUCUUUCAAGACUCGCGCAAUGUAAGCAUCAAUGGUGGACACUUCAACAGUACUAUGGGCCAUCACACAAAUGUUACCAUCCAUCUUGCGCAGGCACCCUUCUCAAAUACGGAUUCUCCCUCUACCACCGAAUCGAAAACAAGGACUCAAACUGCUAUGGGUACUACUACCGCGGAUGCUAAACCAAAGGCGAGGAGGACAGAUGCACCUAAUAAUCAACCUCGUCAAAGAAUACCUGCGAUGCACAAGAGCAAUGAAAUUUACGAAAGGCAGCUAAGCUUAAAAGGACGCGGGCUUCCAUUGUGGAUACCAGAGCCAAACAGACGUCUUCCUAUAAACUACAGGAAGGACGGAGUUUCCAUUGGCGAUGUGGGCAUCAUCACCCCCUCUGGCGGCUUUUCUUUCCUGUUCAACAUAUGCCUUCCGGCAGACGACCCCAUCAAUCUCGGAAGGGUACCUGAGGAUUUUGUGCCUAUCUAUCCACAGUUAGACGAUUCCAUGGAUAUUCGCGAAUUUUUUGAGUUCAAACAAGGAAGCUACCUCGCCAGUACGUCGAUCGAAAAUUCACAGACCAAUUCCUUUUUUCCGGAGUUGCUAUUUGAAUCGAUGGCUUCAGAAGGCGCGAUCUUGACUAUGCCAGAGGGUGCGAUUUCCUUUGACCUGGAAAACAUACCCCGUUUCCGAGCAUAUGCAGCCGCGAAUGUCGAAAGUUGGUAUCGUUUCGUAAACGGACCACGAGGCCGUGAAGCCAAAAACGGAGACAUUCGGCUCGUGACAGGAUGCGACAAAACAACAUCGUGGGGUAUGGCUGUGCUUUCAAAUAUAUCUCAGGAGAGGAAGAACUGCCUACGAUUCAAGGCAGCCGGUGACCCGCAAAGACCUUCGACUUGUACUUACAGUUGGGAGUGUUCUGGGAUGGUCGAGGCUCGCAUAGGUCCUGAUCGUCGGGAGAUUGACGAUUUGCGAAGACGGGAUCGAAAUUGCGAUUUCGCGGACAACGAUCAUGAAAAAUAUAUGAAUCAGUGCCUCUUCGUGCGCACACUCAAUCUCGCUCUCGGUGCAGAAUUGUGGGAGAAGGUAAACCAGGAGCUGGCAUUAGCGGUUGGGGCUAUACAGGAUCAAAAUGCUAGAUGCUCCAAAUGCUCCAAAACUACUCCAGGGCACAGCAGUGGGAACCAAUCCUCUUUCUCUCAGAAGAGCGCAUUUUCGUACUCCAAUAUAGUUGACAAACAACUCCAAAUCUCUAUGUCGACCACACCUGAAAUUACGACCUUUCAUCCUUCACGUUAUGUGAACGAUCUACUCUUGGAAAGUUUUCCUGAGGCAAAAAUGGUUAUCAGUCACGAUAGUCACUGGAUGUCAGUCGUCAAUGAGGAUUGUACUUUCUCUACGCCACAAGUACUAGAUUUGCUAAAUACGAUUCUGGACAAAUACGAUAUUAUAGACGACGAAAAUGGGGUGAUCUACUUGAAUGAUGAGAAUGAAGGAGUAUUGCAAUCCUCUGUCAUGGACUCCCCGAUUGAAGACAUACUCUCAUUCAGAGGGAUGGCAGAGCUGUCAUUGGACUGGACGGAUGUGGAUGGAUAUGAGGGGACUGAAUACGAUCUAUCAGCCGACAUGUAUACCGUCAAUGAAGAGUACUACCCGCCUCCAUUAUACUCAGAUAUUCCGUCAGGUUGGGUCUAUACUAGUACCCCCGCCAGUGAUUCGGAUGAUGCGGAUAAUACCCGCCCAAAUUCAACUGCAGGCCAGCUUCCAGUAUUAAUACCACAAAAUUCUCCACUGCGCAAUUCGUUGUCAAUAAAGGGGCCACUUAGUGACAGUACCCGGUUUACAAAAAUAUCUUCUACAGAUAUCUCUCGAAGACCACAGACUCAUGCACAUUCUUACGCCCAAAUAUCAAGGCUGUUCGUCUUCGAAAGACUGAUGCCUGAGUCUGAUCUUUGGGCAUAUUUGGCUCACAAGAAGCCUGGUCGCGACAAUUUGCUAGAUUCCAAGACCAAUUAUCCCAGAAGAGACCAUAGAAAGCGCGCCUUCAUCUCCUUCAACAACCAAGAGAAUGGUCUAUCUACCCCUGUCAAAAAUGAAGGCCUGCAAUGGGAAACGGACAGAAUUGAUCUGGCUAAAUUUCACCCAUUCAUUGCGGCCAUCGCACAUGUGUUUCAAAUAUACCCCGACUACGGUGUGCAUCGUGCCAUACUAAGCAAGAUUUUAGGGGUUGAAUUGAUGAAGACCAAAACGAUCACGAACACGAGAGUCGUCAUCCUCGGCGAAGCAACCAGUUUGAGGGAUUUCGGCACUGAGAGAUGGUGGCCUGAAGGCAAUUUCGACGAACGCCAAAACCUUAAGCGCCGCAUACUGAACGACGGCCGUCUUCUCCCAAUCCCAUAUGCUUGGUUUCUGAGGAUAUACACCACGACCGCAAUCCCUAUCUCUGAAACUCCCGAUGCUCAAUUCACUGGACGACGUCGCGCGCGAUUGUGCUUAGACAAAUCUCCCAUAGCUGACUUUGGGAUCGAAAAAGUUUCCUUCAUUUCCGCCAAAGGCGAGGGAUUGGCCUAUUAUUAUGUCGAAGACGACCAAUGUCUUAUCAACGCAACACCAGAGAACCAUUACAGAUUCUACUUCACGACAUUAUCUGGAAACGAGUACUAUAUCGACGUUGGCUUAGCAGCGUUAAAUUUUGGGAUAUUCGUCGAUGUAAAACCGUACUCCAAGCUGGUGAUGCCGCAUUUGGGCAUCGCUCCGUGUUUCUUCGAAGGCCGGGACACAAAGUUUUUAGAUUCGAUAAUGUUUAAAUCUCACCGUCACUGGUCAGCACUUCGGGACCCGCGAGUCCAUAGGAUCGCCCAGAGCGUAGACACAAGCGCCGAGUACUUCAAAACCAAUCAUUCAGUGGAUUUAUGCGCCAUCAUGGAUGAGAUCUCAGGCGGCAGGUGUAAAGACUGGGAAAAAGACCUACUACUGAGGAAAUACCUCCCAGACGCAACCGACAUGUUUCGACUCAACAUGGAGGAAAGAGAGUACAUGCGUUUCCCAGCCACACCUCCAUUCAAUAUAAAGAUCGCUCAUGAUACAACUUUACCGAAGAUCUCGGUCAAGCACGCAUCAAAAAUCGUCGACUACGUAGCAAAGAUGGAACGUAAAUUGAAGAAAGGACAAAUCACACGCGAGAAGUUGGAAUCGUUAUUCCGCUGA